AGGUGCUAAAUAGCAGCAGCCACCAGAGGCUGGGUGCAGUGUGAUAUCUACCUCACUGGCCUAACAGGCUCUGAGAUGACAAUAGGGGGCAUGGAGAAUGUGGAGAUCUUCACUUCUGAGGGCAAAGGCAGGGGUCUGAAGGCCACAAAGGAGUUUUGGGCGGCUGAUGUCAUCUUUGCCGAGCGGGCAUAUUCUGCAGUGGUUUUUGACAGCCUCAUUAAUUUUGUGUGCCACACCUGCUUCAAGAGGCAGGAGAAGCUCCAUCGCUGCGGACAGUGCAAGUUCGCCCAUUACUGUGACCGCACCUGCCAGAAGGAUGCCUGGCUGAACCAUAAGAACGAGUGUUCCGCCAUCAAGAGAUUUGGAAAGGUGCCCAAUGAGAACAUCAGACUGGCUGCCCGCAUCAUGUGGCGGGUGGAGAGAGAGGGCACGGGGCUCACGGAGGGCUGCCUGGUGUCGGUGGAUGACUUGCAGAACCACGUGGAGAACUUUGGGGAGGAGGAGAAGAAGGAGCUGCGGAUGGAUGUGGACACGUUCCUGCAGUACUGGCCGCCCCAGGGCCAGCAGUUCAGCAUGCAAUACAUCUCUCACAUCUUUGGAGUGAUUAACUGCAAUGGCUUCACCCUCAGUGACCAGAGAGGCCUGCAGGCGGUGGGUGUGGGCAUCUUCCCCAACCUUGGCCUGGUGAACCAUGACUGCUGGCCCAAUUGCACGGUCAUAUUCAAUAAUGGCAAAAUUGAACUCCGGGCCCUGGGCAAGAUCUCUGAAGGAGAGGAGCUGACGGUGUCCUACGUCGACUUCCUCAAUGUCAGUGAGGAGCGAAAGAAGCAGCUGAAGAAGCAAUACUACUUUGACUGCACAUGUGAGCACUGCCAGAAAGGGCUGAAGGAUGACCUCUUCCUGGGGGUGAAGGAAGACCCCAAGCCCUCUCCGGAAGUGGUGAAGGAGAUGGUACAAUUCUCAAAGGACACACUGGAAAAAAUAGACAAGGCUCGUUCCGAGGGUUUGUAUCACGAGGUUGUGAAGCUGUGCCGGGAAUGCCUGGAGAGGCAGGAGCCAGUGUUCGCGGACACCAACCUCUACACACUGAGGAUGCUGAGCAUCGUGUCAGAGGUGCUCUCCUACCUGCAGGCCUUUGAGGAGGCUGCACACUAUGCCAAGAGGAUGGUGGAUGGCUACAUGAAACUCUACCACCACAACAAUGCCCAGCUAGGUAUGGCCAUCAUGCGGGCAGGGCUGACCAAUUGGCAUGCUGGUAACAUCGAAGUAGGACACGGGAUGAUCUGCAAAGCCUAUGCCAUUCUCCUGGUGACACAUGGUCCCUCCCACCCCAUCACCAAGGACCUAGAGGGAAUGCGGAUGCAGACAGAGAUGGAGCUGCGCAUGUUCCGCCAGAACGAAUUCAUGUACCACAAGAUGCGCGAGGCUGCCCUGAACAACCAGCCCAUGCAGGUCAUGGCAGAGCCCAGCAAGGAGCCGGCACCAGCUCUGUUUCAUAAGAAGCAAUGAGAACCUGCUGGGAGAGGGGCUAUCAGGCUGUGGGAGCUGGAGACU